GUGUGGUCACUGAAACACGUUCGGCAGCUUCAGUCUCUUGUCAGGAAAUUCAAGUCCACUCUCACAUUCAGAGCCAACAUCUCUCGCUCAUUUUCCUACCAACACGAAGCAGUAGGACCGAUUUGUGGGAGACUGGGGCAGAGUAAAACAAUGGGUGCAGCUGCAGAGGGUGGAAGGAUCGAAAGAGAGAGGUUGUAUGUCUUGGAUACAGGAAUUUGGGGACUUUUGUUUGUCGUGGAAGUAGCAGUAGUGGUGGUGGUGGUACUUCUUGGUGCAGGCAGGCUGUUAGAGGUACAGACAGCUAGCCAGUCAGCUCUGAGCUUUCAAGACCAUAGCGCCGCAUUAUUUUGGUUGUUUCUGCAGGCAUGGGUGAUGGCCAUGGGAUCCGUCUGGCAAUGCGAGGCCGCCCCUUGUUGGGUGGUUCGUAACUGGACAUUCCUCAAGUUGGAGUGUAGAUUGAUGAAUGAGUGUGCGCAAUCAGUUGUCUGCCUCUUGUUGGCGGUUUGGAUUGUUUCGAGUUUGCUUAAGAUAAACCGAACGCUCUGGGAGGGUGGGUUUGGAUAAUCUUUCGGAGUCACUGCAACACCACCUUAAACCCAAGUAGUUCAGAAAUUCAUACAGACAUUUGAAAAGUUCAUGUUAUUCAUGUCUACACCUGAACACUGGGGCUCAAGGACACUUUCAACAUCACCUGCUCAGUUGAUUGCUGUUGAUAAAAAUUUCUAAAAGAAACAACACGCUUGGUCUCUGAGUUUGCAGAAAGAAUAUUUAACUGGGCACUUGUGCUAGUUGGAAAGGUCCAAGGGCCACCGGAUGAAGUAGCCAGAAGACGAUCUCUUUUGGUUUAACUGAUGUCAUUUGUCUUUUUAGGUGUCACAUUUUCCACCUUUCGAGGCGUAGUACCCUUGCUCACUUGCUACUUCCAAGCGAUGGGCUCUCAUACGCUUUCGUAUCUCCUAUGGGCUCUUUGUGAGAUGCACUCACUUUCCUUCAGUCGUUUACCAGUCCGCUGCGCUCAGAGGUCUUCUGCAUUUUGAUUGAGGUUAGAUCAAGUUUAAUUAGCUGUGCCGCCCAAGUGGAAGCUUGCACUAGAAAUGACAUAAGGCUGAGUGUACUAGAAAUGUGACGGGAUCCAAGCACCGUGAUUUCUAGUUUGAUGGGUUCACUGUUGUGUACUAAUGUAAAUUUUCAGGAGUCACAUCGCUCAAUUAUAGUCAGUGGAAUUGUGCCUCUCCUGCCUAAUUAAUGAGAGGUUCUCGAACUUGUAAGUUAUGAGAUUAGCAAUAAAUAAAUCAAUACAUAUCUGAUUGUAAACGCUUGGUUUGAAAUGUUAUGUAGCAAGCCCGUUUUCUUAGCUGGUUGAGUUUGUGACUAUUAUCACAUGAGAAUGAUGGCCUUCCUCAAUUGGCUGAGUGCGUUCUUGUGUAAAUAAUUACUGGUGGCGGCUGUCUGAUGGUCACAGGAUAGAUCUUUGAGUUAGCAGUCUUUGCUUCGACGUCUUGUUGCGCCUUUGGGUCAUUGUGAUGACAACUAAGAAGAAUUUCCAGUUUUCACUGCAUAUCCUGCUGAGCUGCUUUUACGUCUGCAUGUAUCGUGAUCAAACGAUUAAAUAGGAGCAUCCUCUGACAAACCUAGUAUUCUUUGGUGAUUUUGAUACGACUAAGUCAAACUUACAAGCAUUUUGCACUUGAGAGGAUCGCAGGCUUCUCAUUACAAUCACUGGUCCAGAUAAAUAACACAGAUGUUUAAAUUUUCGGCUGUUAAGAAUGAACGAUUUUUCUGUUUAUUAUGCAGCUUUGUGUUCCACCAUAGUACAGGCAAACAGCUCUAAGGUACAGUGGGCAAUUUUUUUUGUUUCACAAGAGAGGGUAAACAAAUUUAAAAACCAUUUAAGUAAUGGUUUAAGACCUUCAACCAGACUGAAGCAGCCAGCUGCAGUGGAACUGAAAAUCAUGAACACGGAUGUUGACAUCCAUUAAUGAACUUUGAAACAUAGUUCCAGCAGGUCUAUUGGGAAUAGGGAAGGAUGUGCAACACAGGACAGGAUCAAAGCUCCACAUUUCUAUUAUGAAGUUCAUGAAGUUGGGAUCGAAGCUGGGCAUCCUUACUGAACGUGGAAAUUCUACGUAAGUUUGGCUCUUGAAUCGCCUCUCGGUAGUUUUUGAAGCUAGGAUGCAGAGACUAGCUUGCUAUUCUGUGUGUUCUCAAUGUGAUCCGUUCCAUUUUAACAUUUCAUCUUUGUGGUGUAGUUCGGUUGGCUCAGAACUACCUAGUGACAUAACUUUUGAUGUCGAUGGUCAUAAAUUUCACCUGCACAAGGUAUUGCCCUGAUGUUUCUCAUGCACAUCAAAUUCCUAGUUCUCCUAGAGCCUCUUCCUCCUAUUCUGCUAUUAUACAAUGUGCAAACGUUCUCAAAUAUACGCCUGCACAGUGAAUGGCAUUUACACGAUUUCACGGCUUCAAAUAAGUGGGUAACUAAGAUUCACUGUUUUGUGGGGCUUACCACAUUCUGAUAUUGGUUUCAUCUAAUGUGGUAAAGAAUAUCUUGUGUUUGCUGUUCUAAGUUUCCUCUGUUGGCGAAAUGCGGAUGCCUCAACAAACUCAUCGCAUCAGCUCUCGAGUCGGGAAGUGAGGAGGUUCUUAUAAAUGAAUUCCCAGGAAGAGCAAAAUGCUUUGAGAUGUGUGCGAAGUACUGCUACGGCAUUUCCAUAACCUUGAGUCCUCACAUCGUGGGUGAGGUGAGAUGUGGUGCAGGGUUUCUUUAGAUGACUGAAGUAACUGAGAAGAGCAAUAUGAUCUACAAGCUUGAAGUCUUUCUGAACUCCUCCAUAUUACGAGGCUGGAAGGAUACUAUAAUAUGCCUUCGAAGAAGCACAGCUUAUCUGCCGUGGUGCGAAGAUCUUAAGGUUGGUCUACAGCGUAAUUAUUCACAACUAAAAUAGUAUUUUUUUACACUUGAUUUUCAGCUGAGUCCUCUCAAAUAUAUAUAAUUCUUAAUUUUAAAAAUAGAUCACUUGAUUCCUAUCUUUUUACAGACCAUGGGGCGAUGCAUUGAAUCAAUCUCCUCAAGGGCUUGUGUGAACCCUGCUGAGGUAACUUGGCCCUUUACAUACACUCCACGCUAAGUGUCUGGCAUUGAACAGAGCAGCCCAGGCUCCUGGAGAAGCCGCAGAAUGACAUCUGCACCAAACGAUUGGUGGGUGGAAGAUUUGAGUGACUUGGACAUUCAUCUCUACGGGAGGGUUAUUUUAGCUAUUAAGUCUAGAGGUGCAGGCGAAGAGAUGGUGGCUGAAUCCAUCAGAAUUUAAUCGCUCAGGAAUUUGCCAGUCAUAUUGCAACAAUCCCUACUGAAAAAUUGCAACAAAAAUUCAGGACAGUCCCUUCAGCUUUCAAUUUUCUUUUAUCUCUUUGGUGCAGACACGCAAGUGGCUCUCUGGUUGUAAGUAAGAAGUCAUUUGUCUUCAAUUUUUUCAGUAGGGAUGCAUGUUAAGUUAGCAGUGCAUUUGCACAUAUUUCCAAUUAGUGGGAGUGUUUUCCUUUGAUUGGAAAAUCUCAUGUAUUUGUAAAUGGCCUCAACUAUAAUUUUCAUUCUUUUUAUGCUUUUCUAAGCUUAUGCCAUUUGACUAGUUUCUGUGGUUCCUCGAAUGUGAGAAAUUCGGAGUUUCUUAGUAAAUUGCACUCGUGUUUGCAGGUGUUGUUCUUUGAGCAAGUGCGCCCCACUGUAAACGGAAGCCUCCCAGAUGAUAAUUCAGGUAGCAUCCAUGACCCGAAGUAUGGUGAAGAGAUCAAUUUACCAAAAGUGAACAAUGAUAACUCCAGAAAAUCAUCCAGUGAACAAGCAUUGGGAAAGGCACCAUGAUUUCACUACCGUUAAGGGCGACCUCGCCAGCAUCAAGAAGCGCUUUGUGGAGGCAGAGUACAUCAAGGUUGUUGGACCUUCUACUAUUUUAUUUUUUUAUAAAAUUAAAUUUAGAAUGUAAAAAAUGCACGCAAAAAAUGAAAUCCAAAAAUAAUAACAAUAAUAAUAAUAAUAAAAUGAAUCAUUUUUAUAAUCCAUAUCUUUUUCACAUAAUAUUUUAGACAAGUUAUAUAGAAUGAUCAAAAUAUGAUUAUAUGCAUAUAAAAAAUUUCCAUAUUACUUAAAUAUAUAGAAUUAAAUAUAAGCAAAUAGAAGCAGGUAGGUAAUAUCUUCUUUAACAAAGCUUUGAGAAAGAUUAUUAUAUGUGGAUUAGAUAUCAAGAAUUUUAUAGAUUUUUCAUGUGGCUAUUGAAACUAUUUUGAUAAGUUUUGUAUUUUAGGAAUUUGUGUUAGAAGCAACUUACAACUUGAUGUUUGGGCCACAAGCCUUGUAGUCCUUA